AAUCAACUACAUUUAGCAGUAUAGUUGUAUCAAGUGAAGGAUAAAUUUGAAUUUAAUUAGUGAAGUAGUAUACCAUUGAAUCUGAAUUUGAAUUUGAAUUUGAAUUUGUUGGUGUAAUUAUGCAAUGGAUGCUCCAGCUACGAAGAGCUUCAGCCGCCGCGUUUCCUUUAACGAGGAAACGAUUCUGCCCCCGAAGGAGCGGCGCUGCGAUUACAGCGCCAGCGACAUGGAAAAGCGAGCCUCCGCCGGCCGCGGCUGCCGCUUCUGCGGCCGGAUGUGCACCCCCUGCUACUUCUGCAGAUUCGCCUGCGGCCUAUGCUUCCUCUUCGUCGUAAUCAUCCUCUUCACCGGCUUAAUUUACAGCCUUCUAUUCCGAUGGGAGAUGCCGGAGGUGCGGAUCCAGCGGAUCCACGUGGAUCUCGUCGCGGCGAAUUCCACGGCGGAUCUGACCGUCCUCCUCAACGCCACCAACGGCGGGAAGAGGACGCAGCUGAUGUACAGCAAGCUGAUCGCGUCCGUGGAGGCGAGCGGCAUUCGGUUCGGCGUCGCGAGGCUGCCGGAAUUUCAGCAGGCGCCGAGGAAUUCGAGGGCGGUGGAGGUGGCAGUGGUGAUGGAGGACUCGGCGGCGGCGGGGCGGGAUCUGUGGAGCAAAUCAGAGGCGCACGCGCUGGCGGUGGAUGUGUACGUGAAAGGGCGGAUCGAUGCGAUCCACAGAGGGAAUAAAAUGCAGGGUUUUAUGUUCCAAAUCGAGUGCCGGAACGUCAAGCAGUCGGAAAUUGACGCCGGCCGUCAAUUCCGCUGCAAAAAUCAGUUGUAUGGAAGCAAUCAUGGGAAAAAUGACGUGUCAAAGACUCCAGCAUUUGAGUGUUACGUUGGAACUCAGGUUGAUCCAUCAUGUCUCUAGUCUACUCUUUAAUAAGAAUCAACCAUGCAUUAGUUGGUAAGACUUGGAUAUAUAUGCACAUUGUAAUUCAAGAGAAAAAAAUAACUUACUCAUUGAUCUAAGAAUUGGAUACCAAUUAAGUUAUUGCACUCUUAAAUUUUAUAGUUCCACCUAAAUUGUUGUGUAAUUCAUUUUGGCUAGUUUUCAAGUUUGAAUAUCGGUUUGCAUUUGAUAUGACUGCUAUGUAGUCUUUUAGUAUUAUUUGGUUUCUAACUCAUUUUUCUCAAAAUGCAUUUUAUGUAGAUUAUUAGGCAAGGUAAAACUUUAGUGAGCGUAUACAUAACUUCAUAACGUUAAACACGGGGAAAAGUAAACGUAGUACUAUUAAUUUGGUUAAAUUUAUUUGAUUGUGUCACAGUAAUUCUUUGACAAUUGAUAUGACAUUUGAGUCUGCGGUUCCAUCACUUAAUUUACGCAUUAUAAUGUCUUUGUUAUUGAUAUCAUUUGGAGUUGCGGUUUCAUCUCAAAAAUUGAACUAAACAGAAAAGUUCAAAUAUCAAAGCAAACCGAAAUAGUACGUGGUUUAGUUUCAAUUUAGUUAUCGUAAAACUUUUUUUUAAUUGCUUUGUUAAAAAUUUUUGUUUAGAGCUUUUAACAGUCGCAGCAGGGACAACGUAGCCCGCAAUCCGUGGAUCGGCCUGAAUAGCCGCAAAUUUAUAGGGUUAGGGUUAGAAAAUUUCUAGCCCGAUAAAAUUACAGUCCGAUUAGCCCGCACUCGAUUAACCCGCAACCCGUUAGGGCCAGACCCAAAAACCUGAUGCACUGGCCUGGAAACCCGAUAAAAUUUCUAGUGUUCUAUCUGUUUGACUCUAAUUCGACACUUCAAUGAUUAUUUUAUA